AUGGAGGAGUACGCUCGCGAACCUUGCCCAUGGCGAAUUGUGGACGAUUGCGGUGGAGCCUUCACUAUGGGUGUCAUUGGUGGUGGAGUCUUCCAGGCUAUCAAGGGCUUUCGCAAUGCCCCUGUUGGAAUUCGACACCGCUUCAGAGGUAGUGCCAAUGCUGUGAGGAUUCGAGCACCCCAGAUUGGAGGUAGCUUUGCAGUGUGGGGAGGCCUGUUUUCCACCAUUGACUGUGGCCUUGUGCGGCUGCGGGGCAAGGAAGACCCCUGGAACUCCAUCACCAGCGGAGCCUUGACUGGGGCAGUACUGGCUGCGCGCAGUGGUCCGCUGGCGAUGGUGGGCUCUGCCAUGAUGGGGGGCAUCCUGUUGGCCCUCAUCGAGGGUGUUGGCAUCCUCCUCACUCGGUAUACUGCCCAGCAGUUCCGCAAUGCACCCCCAUUCUUGGAGGACCCCAGCCAGCUAACCCCUAAAGAGGGAGCUCCGGCCCCAGGUUAUCCCAACUACCAGCAGUACCACUGAGGACGCCGCUGCCUGCCCCUGCCGCCGUGGGAGCUGCUCCUCAGUCCCCUCCUGGAUGAUCUACCUCCAAGGGAGGACUGCCUCCUACAUAGCCCUGAGACCCUCCAGAGAGGGCCUCUGUUCGACUCCCUUGUUCUGUGGUAGGGGUGGGGAUACCCCAGCAGCCUUGUCACCUGGGUCCCCUUUUUUUGUCUCUCAGGGCAUCCCAGCCUCACACAUGUAACAGUCUCUCAUCCCAGAUCUUCCGUGUGGCCCCCUGAAGAACGUUUAAAGCCAGUUUUGAAAUGUC